GAUAGAUAGUGCUAAGCCCAAACCGGCCUUAGUGAUUUUAUUAGGUUGACUCCAUAAGUGAUUAGAUGUUGUCUCAUGACCCACUCCAGGAAGAUUUAUUGCCCUAAUUCAAUCAGCAAGUAUGUGCACUACAUACACCAUAAAAAAAAAUUGCCAUUGGGACAAUGAUCAGUUAUAAACAUUUUUGAUAGCUUACCACAAUACUGAUAGUCAUAUACAGAGACAAAUGAGACCUAAGUAUAGAGAGAGAAACUGAUAUACUAAUGAUUUUCAAACCGUUUACAUUUUCCCUUAAGGAUGAUCAAAUGGGCAUUUAUACUAUAAAUAAAUGGUAGGUGCAUGAAAUGCACAUACACAUGUAAUUAAGUGGAAGAAAUUGAUGUGUGGCGCCAAUGACCGCUGAGUAGAGGACGAGGUAAUCGAGGUCCUCGAGGAUGAGGGGCUUAGGACCCUCAUCCUUGUCUUCGUUUCUUUGCAGUGUUAGUUUGCUUCCGUAUCUAGUGGAGCCCUUGAUUGGAGACGAGGCGUCGGAGGACGAUGCGCCGAAGGACGGGGGUCCUGGACAGGCCGUGAUGUAUGCCCAAUGCUUUCUUUUAAUCGCAUGCUUUUCACGAAAAUUAAUGGAAACUUGGAAACCGGAGUCGAGAGCUUCUCUCUCUAAAAUCUUCGGCGCUCUCUAGGGUUACGGCCGCUAGGGUUUUGAAUUCCGAUUUCGUUUUUACGAAGAUCAGUGCUUAUCGGAGUGGUGAAGGCGAAUGAAGGCAGAGGACUGGGUUCUCGUUUCGGCAGUCUCAAUCGCGGCUUGAACUUAGAUGAACAGAAGGAGCAGGGCUUGGUACGGUCUCAGCUGGGACUCAGGCGAAUGGACGGAGCAGGAUUGAUGGCCAAAGGUUGUGUAUGGUAGAGAGGUUUGAGAAUGUCGUUCAUGGUGGAGAUCAAAAGGUCAUGGACGAAGCGUGGGGCUAGGGGUUGGAUCAGAUCUGGAUCGGAGGCAAGGGGCGGAAGAUGUUUCAGUACUGUUGGACCGUCCCCCGGCCCUCCUGAACCACCACCAUGGAGUGCAGGAGAGUCUAGGGUUUGGAAGCAGUAUUUUAAUUUUAUUAUUUGCUUGCUAUUUAAUUUCCAUGGUCAGACUGUUUUGUUUUACUUUUAUUGUUUCUUUUGCUGUAAGACUCUUGCAUUAGGUUUGGGGGGUGGAAGUUCUGCGGUAACCGUCAUUGGCUUUAUAAGUUGCCCUAAUUUGGUCUAGCGAGUUAUACUGCUUUUGUACAGGUGGUUAACUCUCAGUCUCGGCCACGGAAGGAUGGUUACAUGUGGUUCUUUUAUUUUUCUGUACCCAUGCUGAAUGUUAUUUCUAUGAAUUAAGCCCUUUUCG